UUUAUUUUAAUCAAAGAAUGUUAUGCAGCUCUAUGGAUGUGUGGAUCAUGAUCCAAAUGUGUGUUCAAUUAAUGAAUGGUAGCUGAAGUGCAGCCUAUGGUGCAGCCUACCAGGGUACGAUAUGGCGUCUGAGAGUUAAGCCCCUCCCCCUUAACGCGUGGUUGGGUUCCACUAGGAUCCGCGUCGCCUCGCACUCGUCCGUUUGCCUUCGCUCGAUUCUCAGACAGACAAACUCCGCUGGUUUCCAGUGGUCAUCUCCUCAACGCGACGCGAAAUAAGCCCUUGCCGCGUUUUAUUUUUGGAAUUACCACCUAAAUGUAAUUUAAGCGGUACGGCUGGAGGGUUUUUCUUUUGACUUUGUUUGCAUGGGUUUUGCUGUCAACAUGAAGGAGCGCAACAUGAAAAGCUCGCAUCGAAAGUGGUAGGAGCAGCGGUGAAGAAGACCCCCCCUGAGCCUUGCCCUACAUAACCUCCCAGUGUGCUGUCUAAGAAGCCCCAGAGCUGCCAUGGCCAAGUGGCUGAAGGACUACCUGAGCUUCGGGAGCAGGAGGGUCCCCCCCCAGCCUCCCACGCCGGACUACACAGAGAGCGAGAUCCUCAGAGCCUACCGGCUCCAGAAGAACAUGGACUUCGAGGACCCCUACGAGGACGCAGAGAACCGGUCCAGGUGCGACCCGGGACCCCCCGACACGCCGUCCACCCCUGUGUACGGGUCGCCCAUGAAGUGCUCGAACCUGGACAUGAAGUCGCCCAAACACAGACUGAUCAAGGUGGACUCCCAGGACCUGGGGCGCACCAAGAUCCUCCUCAGUGCCAUCUCCUUGGAGGACCAGCAGGAGCCAGUGAUUCCGUCCGCUCCGCUGGCCCGCGAGACGGACUACUCUGACCCGUUUGACGCCCGGUCGGACCUGAGGACGGAGCCGGACCUGGGGCCCGCGACGCCCUGCGAGAACAACGGCUACAUGGAGCCGUACGAGGCCCAGCGCGUCCUCACAGGUCGGUUCCUCCCCCGGCCAUCCCAUAAUAUCACUGUGGUUCGGAGGCAUGCUACGCCAUGGUGUUUUUAGGUGGAUCGCACAGCGGGUUCUACGCAGCCGGUGGUAAGAUGUUUCGGGGAG